GGCAAAGGAAUUAUUGUGAAGAAAAAUAAAGUCAGAAAACUAUUUUGAUGACAAAAUAUGGAAUUUUGAAAAGCAGUCAACCGAUUAUAAUGGCACUGCACUGGGAUGUCACAUGCGAUGGCUGCGAGAAGACGAAUCUAGUUGGUUAUCGUUAUAAGUGUCUUCGCUGUGACAACUACGAUCUAUGCUCCGAGUGCUACGAGAGUGAGCUAGAGACGGCAGAUCAUAGCAGGAAUCAUCCAUUUCAAUGCCUCUUAGAUCGUGCUGCACGCGAGUUGCACUUUAAUGGUGCCGAGAUACCGGACCUGUGUGCUGAUAGCUUCACUUGCCCCAUCUGCGGCAAAAUGGGGCAUGCAGCGAAGGAGCUGGUGAAGCACGUGCAGUCCAAGCAUCUUGGCGAUAACACACCAGUUAUCUGUCCUCUCUGUGCUGCGGUUCCCUCCGCGGACACGCUGCGUAUGAGCAAUCUGGUCAAUCACAUGACCGUCAUGCAUGGCACCAGCAUUUUGCGUAUUGGCGGUGGUGCUGACAACAACCAAGUGGUGUGCACCGAAGCUGCCGAAUGGCCGCCAAUUGGACAUGUUCAUGCUCAAAGCCAUGGUCUUGGCAACAGAAGAGACCAAGUUCUUACGUUUGGUUGUGGUCAUGGUCAUAUUCCCGCUCAUGGUCAUGGUCCUGGUGCUGGACCUGGUCGUUGUCAGGGUCUAGGUCAGAGGCAUGGUCGCGCUUAUGGUCAUGGUCAUGGUCAUGUUAAUGACCUUGGUCAUGGUCGUCUGAUCGGCUGUUUCACAGACUGUGACAGCAGCGCCACAAUGCGGCACACCGAUCUCAAUCUGGGCAGCAUGUCGGAGCUGUUGCAUCAAGAACUCCAGCCGAUUUCCAAUCCAAGUCCAUCGGAGCCGCCGCUUGCCAACGAGGAGAGCUACAGUGAUAUCGAUUCUGAUGAUGCUCGUGUCUGAGAGAUCUUUUAAGAACAUUAACAGACUUGCUGCCAAUUUGUUGAAUAUUUUUGUGCUCCUCAUAGUUAACUUUCAUUGUUAAGCAACAGUUAAAGGAUUAAUUGUCCUGCUGUUUACUUAAAAUUAUUAAUAUAUUUUUCUA